UUUUCCACCAAACAAAAUUAAAAUUUAAUUGAAAAUAUUUCUUUCUUUUCUUUCCCGAUACCAAUCUUCCCAAGGAAGUUUCGCGGCCGAUGGCCCUUUAGAAUACACCAAAUCCGCGCAUUAUAAUGAUUUUGAAGUCAACCCGGCCCGACCCGACAUAAAAUUCAAAUGCCGUGAUGGUGUCAACGUUAUUUUUUUUUUCUGUUUUUCAUUUUCUUCUCCUGUUUCAGCGAAUCAGCAAACUGGAAAUUAAAAAAAAAAAAGAAAGCACACAAAUAUUGCACUUCUUAUAUUAUUCUUUGUUUGUCUUGUAUAACAGAAAAACUUGCUUCCCUUCUUCUGCACGGCGCAUUUCUAAAGCGUUUUCCUCUCUCUCUCUCUCACUCUCGUUCUCUCCAGAAGUUCACACCGAAAGACUAAGUCGUUUCAGAAAUUUCCUUAACGCCAAAAAAACAGAAAGACAGCCGUUUAUUUGUCUACUAGUUUCUUCCUUCUGGUUUCUGAUAGUUUUUGAUUCACUGCGCCGCACACUACGUGAGAUUUGAGGACGCCGAAGCGUCAAGAGUCGUGCGAUUGAGGUUUUCUUGGUGAUUUUGACGGUUAACGAUUGAAAAUUCUUAUCAUAAUCUGAGAAUUUGUUUCGUUUUACUCUGUUACAGUACUGUUGAUAGUAGAAAAAGAGGAACCUAGGUUUUUGAGAAGGUUUGUUGAAGGGAUGGUAUAAGAAAAUUUAGAUUUCGGUUUUUCUGGUUAUUUACCAUAAUUGGUCUGGGAUCUUCUUUGAUAGUUGUCCCGUUUUGUUCUUUCUUGCUGAAGGGGUUGAACUAUCAUUUCAGAUAUGAGGGUCUUGGUCUUCCUAGUUUGUUCUUGAAUUUUGAACAACCCUAGAAGCAGCCCUUUUAUUGAAAUGUAAAGAAAAACAAACAGCAAUACCACAAGUCCUUUUAAUUGCAAAAGGCGCUUAUUUACGUAAUUGGCCUUUUUUAGAUGAAUUUUUGGAAGCUCUUCAGGUAGAUUUUAUUAGUCAGCGAUACCAUAAUUCAAGUUUCUUUGAAUUGAUUGAUUAAUUGGUUGAUUUUUUACUGAAGUUUGGUGACAAGUAUAUAUUGUAUAAAAGGAACAGAAAGCAAAACCCUAACUACAGUGUACAGAAAAGUUUUUGAAGAAUUUUGGAAUUGGGAAAUUUUGGAUUAUAGGAGCGAGCUACUUUGAGGUUUCAUGUUAAGUAAGCUAUUUGAUAAGUGAUAAUGAAUUUAAGGAACAGAACAAAUUUUGGGAAUAUUGAGAAGUCUAUAACUGGAAAAAGAAAAACAAAGUUGGGAGAUUCUGUCUUUCUUUAUGAUCAUGUUUAGCGAGAGUUAUGGAAAGAAGUGAGCCUUCAUUGAUACCAGGAUGGUUGAAGAGUGGUGGAAGUAUUGCGGGAAGUGGCAAUUCAAAUCACCUUUUGACUUCAUCUUCACACUCAGACAAUCAUUCUGCAUCGAGGCACGGAAAUAAGUUGUCUGUUGGCAGUGAUCAUGAUAUAAGUCGGACACCUGUUUUAGAUAGGACCACUUCUGCUUAUUUUAGAAGGAGUUCUAGUAGCAACAGUUCUACCCACUCACGGUCUUAUAGCAAUUUUGCCAAAGGCCACCGAGAAAGGGAUUGGAAAAAAGAUAUUAAUGGUUACCAUGAUAGGGAGAAGGCUGUUCUCAGUGACCAUAGGAACCGAAACUGUUCCAAUUCUCUGGAUAGCUUGCUGCCAAGCAUGUUUGAGAAGGAUAUCUUACGGCAUUCACAGUCUAUGAUAACUGGCAAGUGCAGUGACACAUGGCCUAGGAAAGCGACAAAUGAUUCAAGUGCCAACAACAAAAGCAAUCACAGCAAUGGUAAUGGUUUGCUUAGCGAACUUAGCCCUGAUAUUGGUAAUAAGUCUGCAUUUGAACGUGAUUUUCCUGUGCUUGGUGCUGAGGAAAGACAAGUUGGGUCAGAAAUAGGAAGGGUUUCAUCUCCUGGCUUGGGUACUGCUGUGCAGAGCUUGCCAGUGGGUACCUCAGCUGUUACUGGCAGUGAUGGCUGGACAUCAGCUCUAGCAGACAUGCCAUUGGGUUUUGGAAGCAGUGGCACUGGUGUUGCAGUUGCUUCACAAAAUGUUUCUGCAGGUUCAGCUUCUAUCACACCAACUACAAUGAUAGGCCUUAAUAUGGCUGAAACAUUGGCCCAGGGGCCUUCUCGUGCUCGUACACCUCCCUUGUUAAAUGUUGGAACUCAAAGGCUAGAGGAGUUGGCUAUCAAACAGUCAAGACAACUAAUUCCCCUGGUGACAACAUCAACACCUAAAACUCUGGUGGUCAGUCCUUCAGAGAAACCAAAACCUAAAGCUGGGCUGCAGCUGCAACCCUCACUCUCUCUUAAUUACACGCGUGGUGGAACAUCAAGAUCUGACAGUCUAAAAGUUUCUACUGAGAGCAGGCUUCAGAUACUCAAACCAUCACGAGAAUCGACUGGGUUCUCUUUAACCAAAAAGGAUAAUUUGAGUCCUACUAAUGGAAGCAAAUUAGUGAAUAGCCCACUAAGUGUUACUUCAUCAGCUGCUGCAUCAGCUCCCUUUAUGAGCUCAGGCAACAGCCCCAGGUUUGCCACUGCUGAUCGUAAUCAGACUCUUUUCCAGAUGACCACUGAGAAGAGACCAACAGCUCAAGCCCAGAGUAGGAAUGAUUUCUUCAAACUUCUAAAGAAGAAAUCUACAACGAAAUUCGCUUCCUCUAUCCCUGAUUCCGGCCCUGCUGUGUCAGCAUCUGUCUCAGACAAGUCUGAUGAACUUGGCACAGAAGAUUCCGGCACUUCUGUUACUCCGAAGGAUGGGGGAGUUCCACCAUCAGAAAUCUCAAUUGCUGACUUGCCAACCGACAAUAGGAGUGAAAUAACCCACAAUGGAGAUGCUUAUGCUGGGUCUCAGCAUUGUUCCAGCAACAGAGACAGGCAUUCAAACCCUGAUGUGUUUCUUUAUCCUGAUGAGAAAGAGGCUGCAUUUUUACGUUCCCUUGGUUGGGAAGAGAAUGCUGGAGAUGAUGAAGGUCUUACAGAGGAGGAGAUUAGUACCUUUUUCGAGGAGUACAUGAAACUGAAACCAUCUGCAGAACUAUCACAACGAAUGCAGUCAAUUGGUCUAUUAUACUCUCAUAAUGGGACUCAUGGUGGUGCCUCAUCUGGAUUGAGCUUAAUGGAUUCCAAUGGAGAAGCAUUGACUCGUCAAAAAUUUUAAUUCACUCGGGAAAGUUCGAAUGGAUUGCUGAUGUGGCUACUCUUUUUCCCCCUUUUGUUUCCUGUUUUUUAACAUAGGAUUUUCUGAGAUAUAGAGAAGAGGGUAGGAUUUUCUGGUUUUCUUUAUCAUCUCUGGGUUUUUAACUUUGUGGCUGAGGGGCAAAACUCAACAAAUAGCUUAUGGUUAAAGAGGAAAGAAAAAAUAAUUCUGUAUGCUUGUUGGGAAUCCUUUCUUUUUCUUGGUUUUGACUUAAGAUUCCAUGUCCAUAUUUAAGGGAAUAAAACCGUUGUUCUUUCACAGAAAGGCAAUCAGAGGAUAGAAAUUGUUUCAGUUGGGUAUGAUCAUCAGUCAUUUGUUCAAUGUUUUGUUGCUUUGGUAAUUUUGUCUAGUAAAAGAGUUUUCAUAGCCAGCAUGAUGCACAGAAGUUGAACUUUGAGGAUAAUAAUAAUAUUGUUAUUAUUGAAAAAAACAGUGUCUGGUCAACUUAUAAUGUGGAAUUUUUUUGUUCGUCAUUUAUCACCACUUUCAAGAACUGAUCGGUUC